ACUUUCUAUUUAAAACAAUUUUUUUUAAAUACGGUAAUAAAAAGCAGGAUUUUCUUAUUUUUUUUUUCAAAUGAAAAGACGCAGCUUCGGUCGAAAGUCGUUCACAUUUUCAACAGGAAGUAUUCCUGGACAGAAUCGCUCAUUUUAUUUCUUGAUAGACUAAAAGAAAAAAUCAAACAAUGUCGAGUAAAGUUGGAGAAGGUUUUGUUCCUACUUCGAUGGUGCAGAAUAUACUUGAAUGGCAAAGUCAGGCUUUAGAAACUAUUAGGGAGCAAAAUAAAGUCAACCAAGUUACACAACAACAGAAUAAUGCACUUCUUCAGAGAAUCGAUACGUUACAACAAUAUAUUCAUAAUUAUAAACGGGAUAUAGAUCAUUUUGAUGCGAUGGAUCUUGACAAUACGGAAGCAAUUGGCACCGUCGAGGACAUCAAAGAAGAUAAUCAAUUUGUCCCAGCAACUCGAGGAUCCUCCUCGAAUGACGCAUUAUUCGUUAAAGAUAAAGAUGGACAACAUAUUUCAUUGCGUCAGUCACCUGACGUGGAAACAGAAAGAAGACAUAAAAAAGCCCUAGAGGAUUUGGACAAUGAAUGGCGUGAUAAAUAUGCUCAACUCCAAUCUAAGUAUGAUGCGCAAUAUAAGGCGUAUCAAGAACUUAAAGAACAUUAUCAAAAAAGAUCCGCUGAAUGGAAACGGGUGAAAAAAUGGUUAGACGAACAAAAAUUUGUGCAGAAAAAUCCUGAACGUACUGAUCAGGUGAAUGAAUUGACUAGUAAAAUGCCUAAGUCAAAAGAUCAAUUUGAAAAAUCUCCGACGGUUAUUCGUGAAAGAGGUUUACAUUUUGGUAAUGAUUCAAAGAAAAAUCCGAGUUGUGCUCUUGCUGACGUGACUAAUAUGCGAAAUCAAAGUUCACCUUCUCAAAACGACGAGAAGGUUGUAACUAAUGAGCAUGUAAUUGGCGUCAAUAGAGCAUUAACCCUUGGGUUAUCGUAUAAUAAAGAAGAUAAUACUGACUUUCGUCAGAAUAAUAAUCGAUCUUCGCAUGUCUUAUUUUCUCCAAAUUUAUGUGGAUCAAUGAUUACAAAAAAUCUUGAUAAAAUGCAAACAAAUUACUGUCCUGAUUCAAAUCCCAUUUAUUGUGAUCAGGAGUGGAACGAAGACCACAUUGGCCAACCAAAUAACUCCGAUCAAGAUAUGGCUAAUGUAAAUGCGGAAGAAAAAGAUAAUCUUCCUUCCAGAGAAAAUGAGAACUUGGAAGUACUCGAAGGCACAACACCUGAACUUCCGAUUAACCUCGAAAAAGGAAAUUAUGAAUUCCUUCUUGAUGAAGAAGAUCCAUCAUCAAACAAGAAACGGACUGCGGACAUGGUGAACAUGCAAGAGAAUAUUGAGGAUGAUGGACUACCUUCUACAGAAGUUACUAACAAACGUUGUAGGCCUUUCGCCAGUAAACAAGAAAGUAAAUUACAAGAAGAAUUAAAUGAGCUCGAUGAAGCUUUUAUAUCAGAUGAUAUUAUCACAAAAACUCCUUAUAACGAUCGUUUUAAGGUGGAUUCAAAAAGAUCACAAACGUCAAAUGAUAACAUAUAUGAUAAUAAUGAUAUUGAUGACGCCAAUCUUUUAACACCAAUUACACCAACUUCCAUAAGGAAUAAAAAUGUAGAUAAAGAAUCCAAUAAUAAAAAUAAUUAUUCUAAACAAGGGGAGGGUUACAGAUACAUUGAAACCAUACGAAAGAAAAGCGAAAGACGUCAAUUAAUGGCACAAGACUGUCCUGAUUGUCGUAAAUACUAUGAAAUGACAGGCAUUAGUUUAUCGCGACAAUGUGAUCAUAACCAGUCUUCGGAAACCUUAGUGCAAAAGAUUGGAAGACACCGUGCUAAAUAUAGUCGACCGCAAACUCCACCAGGAUUUUGGAAAGUUGGGUUUCCAACAUCACAAGAAAUUGCGGAAAUCAACGAACUAUCAGUUACUUAUGAACGAGAAAGAGAAGAACAAAAGAGGAAAGAAAUGGAAUUUGCUAAAUCUCGUGAACGAAAAUGGGAUAAUGGAACAUCGAAAUAAAACGAUAUAAAUACAGACAAUAUAAAAUAACGAUAGUAAAAAAAUUAAUAAUAAUAUAUAUAACCAAUAUAUUUAAUUAUCAUUAAAGUUUAUUCACUGGCAUUUAAAUUAUGUUAACAUUUAAAAUUAUUUAAA